GGGGAAAAAGCCACCAGACCAGCAACCCACCCAACCCACCAAUUCCUUGUUUUUUUCAUGGAGAGCACAAACCCCAGGCCAGCGGAGGAGGACCGGGACUCCUCAGCGCGGAGACCUUUGCAUCAAAAUGCUGAUAGUCGAAAAAACGACUGACUACCCUUCGGCUGAGUACUCCCUGGUGGAGGAUGUAGCCCUCCACUUCACGUGUUUGAUGGACAGACUGAACGAGCAGCGCCUCUUUCAGCCGGACCUGUGCGACGUGGACAUUGUGCUGGUGCAGCACAAGAGCAUCUUCCCGGCGCACAAGGGGGUCCUGGCAGCCUACAGCCAGUUCUUCCACUCCCUCUUCACCCAGAACAAGCAGCUGCAGCGCGUGGAGCUCUCUCUGGAGGCCCUCACCUCGCAGGGCCUCCAGCAGAUCCUCAACUUCAUCUACACCUCCAAGCUGCUCGUCAACUCCUGCAAUGUGCAGGACGUGCUGAACGCGGCCGCCGUGCUGCAGAUGAACAACAUCGCGUCCUCCUGCCAGGACCUGCUGGACACGCGCUCGCUCAGCCUGGCCACCGACAUGGCCCUGCCCGCCGAGGGCUGCGCCGGGCCCGCGCCCUACUACUGCGAGAUCAAGCAGGAGGUGGACGCCCCCCACCCCAAAAUCUACGCCCGGGAGGGCAAUGACCCGUUCUCGGUGAGGGUGGAGGAUGGGACGGGCAGCGGGACGCUCCCACCCGGCCCGGCCAAGCAGUACUACAAGGAGGAGAAGGAUGGAGGUGCUGGUGCUGUCUGUAAGAUGGAGGGUGAGGAGUCCGAGGAGGACCUGGACAGCCAGGGCUCCUACAACCGGGAGCAGAUCAUCGUGGAGGUGAACCUCAACAACCAGACCCUCAACGUCUCCAAAGGCACCGAGGGGAAGGCGGCUGCCAGCGAGGCGGCCGUGAUGGGGCGGCCGGAUGGGGACGGGCGCGACACGGAGGAGGAUGGGGAGGAGGAGAACGAGGAAGGGGAGGAAGAGGAGGAAGAGGAGGAGGAUGCGGAGGUGGGGGAGGAGGAGGAGGAGGAGGAUGGGGAGGAGGAGAACGAGGAAGGGGAGGAAGAGGAGGAAGAGGAGGAGGAUGCGGAGGUGGGGGAGGAGGAGGAGGAGGAGCGCAGCGAGGAGGAAGACCUGGAGGAGACGACGGAAGAAGAGGAUGAUGACGAUGAAGAUGCCUCAGAGAUGAAAAGGGAAAAGGGUGGGCAGCCCCGCAGGGGCAGCAGGGCAUCCAAAGCCACUAAACCUGCCAUGGCAACCAGGUCCCAGGAGAUGGCCAAGGUGGAAGAGGAGGAGGAGGAGGAAGAAGAGGGCCAGAGGGGAAGGAAGAGAAAGAAGGAGCAAGAUAGCUUAGGCCAGAAGGUGAAGUUGGAGGAGAAGCAGCAUUACCCGUGCAAGAAGUGUCCCCGGAUCUUCAACAACCGCUGGUACCUGGAGAAGCACAUGAACGUCACGCACAGCCGGAUGCAGAUCUGUGACAAGUGUGGGAAACGCUUCCUGCUGGAGAGCGAGCUCCUGCUGCACCACCAGACUGACUGUGAGAAGAACAUCCAGUGUGUGACGUGUGGGAAGGGGUUCAAGAAGCUCUGGUCUCUCCACGAGCACAACAAGAUUGUCCAUGGCUAUGCAGAGAAGAAGUUCUCCUGCGAGAUCUGCGAGAAGAAGUUCUACACCAUGGCCCACGUGCGCAAACACAUGGUUGCACACACCAAGGACAUGCCCUUCACCUGUGAGACCUGCGGGAAGUCCUUCAAGCGCAGCAUGUCCCUCAAGGUCCACUCGCUCCAGCACUCCGGGGAAAAGCCUUUCAAAUGUGAGAACUGCAACGAGCGCUUCCAGUACAAAUACCAGCUGCGCUCCCACAUGAGCAUCCACAUCGGCCACAAGCAGUUCAUGUGCCAGUGGUGUGGCAAGGACUUCAACAUGAAGCAGUACUUUGAUGAGCACAUGAAGACGCACACGGGGGAGAAGCCCUACAUCUGUGAGAUCUGCGGGAAGAGCUUCACCAGCCGGCCCAACAUGAAGCGGCACCGCCGGACCCACACCGGGGAGAAGCCGUACCCCUGCGACGUCUGCGGCCAGCGCUUCCGCUUCUCCAACAUGCUCAAGGCCCACAAGGAGAAAUGUUUCCGCGUCAGCAACCCCUUGGCUUCGGACACGGCCGUCCCCCAGCCCGCCACCAGCCCGGCUCCGCUGCCCCCCGGCCCCGGCGUGUCCCCCCUGCCCCUGCCGCUGCUCCAUCCUCUGCCACAGACCCUCCCUCCUCCUCCUCACCUACCGCCACCCCCUCCCCUGUUUCCUGCAGGGAGGAUAAAUUCAAACAACAAUUAGGCGCCCCUUCCCCAUCCUGGCCAUGCACGGACUGCUCUGCCCUUCGGGAACGCCUUUCCCCCUGGGAGACAAGGCUUUGCUUGCUCUCUACCCCCCCCCCCCCCCCUUCCUCCUCAUUUUGGGGUUGUUUUGGGUUUUUAUUCCUUUUUCUCA